AUGGCUUUCCAUCAAUCGACCGAUGUCAUACAUCAACAACAGAUGCAGCAGCAACAACAACAACAACUAUUGCAACAACAGCAAUUACAACAAUCGCAAGCAUCACAACCACCAAGUCUACAACAAGCUUCGAGUGGAUCAAGCACGACCAAUUUAUUGGGAGUUGGUAACUCACAAGCCAAUGCAUUGGGAUCGUCGACCAUGAUUGUUGGAGGUACCGUUGUAAUGGGUGGCAGUGGUGGAAAUGUACCGAUUGCUCAGACAAUGGUCACUCAAACAUCACAGUCUAAUUUAGGUCUCGUCAGUAGUGUUGGAGGAGUUGUACAACGAACCAACUAUCCACUAUCUCGUUUCCAACUACCACUCAUCUUUUUGUCAGAAGUUGCAUUUGAGAUUGGUGAAGAGUUUAGAAAACAUCUUCCAACGUUGUUGCAACUUAUCUUUUUGGGUUUGUAUUACCAUCAACAACCAGUACAUGAACAUUGUCGUCUGUUGUUACUCAAUUUGAUUCGUUGUCUGGUCAUUAAAAAGUGUCAACAAAAUGGAGACACCAACACGAUGCUCUACGAAGAUGCCAUUCAAUUGGCCGACUUUUUGAUGCCAUCGUCACACCGCUCUCCCGACGACACCAAAGAGAUUGCCAAAAAGGAGAUUAGCUCGCCCAAGUAUGUCGUCAUGUUGACCAAACGUGUUGUGUCGGUUCUCUCGAGUGGGUCGUCUUCAUCAUCCGAUCUCAAAGAGUACUGGGGUGUCAAUGCAUUAAACUGGGCUACCAACAGUCAAAACUACCGUCUUGCUCAACGAUCGUACCAGAUUCUACGUGGACUUGAGCCAACCACCACGAUUGACGCUCUUACCGAUGUGCUCACCUCUCUAGGCAAGAAUCUGGCCACCCUGUCGCAAGACAACAUUGGGCUGGUCGGAGAGAUUCAAGAGACGUUGUUGGUGAUGGUGCGCUGCAUCCACCCCUCCAAGUUGAUCCUCUUCCCACAAUUGUUUUGGGGCACCAUGGCACUACUGCAAAGUGACUUUGAGUCGCAGUUUAUCAACGCGGUCAAGUUGCUCUCGAUCCUGCUCGAAACGGUCAAUUUCUCGGACCGUGCCGUUCAAAAUGUAUUUUUGGCAUCGAUGCCCAAGGAAUGGGACUUUUUCCACGGGCUACAGCCAAUGGUGUUGCGCGGGCUCAUGUCGACAACAACCUCACCCAUCACAGUCGAGUUUUUGAGUGCUCUGACACUUCAACCUUGCAACGAGAUCUUCCAUCCAGAACCAAUCCGAUUCCUCACCAAUUUGACGUCGUUGUUGCCAUUCUUGUUGUACUCGACUGUAGAGACGGAUCCAGACCACUUGGCAUACCUAGUGAGCGAGCGGUUGGCUACAGCGUCAGAGAACCACAACUAUCCACGUCUCAGCACAAUACUGCAAAACUAUAGCCAGCAGCUCUAUGUCAAUCAGUUGGAUGGAUUCCUCGAUGACUUGAUCUCACCCCUUUCAGAUGUCGUCGUCAAACACUCGACUCUUGUCUUUUCACUACUCUUUAAUGUACUCGAGUUUGGUCCACCCGAUUUCAGGUAUCCGAUCUUGAGACUGUUGUCGCGACUUGUAAAAGGUGGUGUCAACCCGGCUGACACCAAGAGCAGUCGUGUGGCAGACUGGUACGAUACAGUCACCAUCUUUAUCAACGAUCACAAGACACCCAGCUACAUUGUGGCACAGUGUCUGCGCUUUGCAGAGAUAUCGAGUGAGAAGUCCCCCACGUCCCUUACGGCCAUUGACAAUGCCCUGAUGAAACCAUCGCGAUCUGCAUUCACCAAUGUUAAAAAGUUUUGCAACAAGGUUGAUCGUGGCACACAAAUCGCGUCAGCGUGUCUGUCCAAGGUGCUCGACUCGUGCGGUGCCCGUAACACCUCGCUCACCAAAUCAAUGUACUUUAACACACAGAUCUUUGAAAAGUUCUUCUCGUCGACCGAUGACAUGGCACCUCCUCAAAAGCCAUACGACACGAUUGACGACUUGGGAUCCGAGUCAAGUUCAAGUGCACCACCACCCGGCUCUGAAAACGACAAUGACGGUACCGACACGAUCCACUCUAUGAACGAUCUCAACUCUUCGUUUGAUAUGGGUGACCGAGCCGAGUUUCACAACUUUCCAAAUUUCCAAGGGUUCAAUGAUAUUCUUGAAGGUCUUGGUGACAUGUCUACCAUAUCAUCAACGAGUGGUGUGAACACUAGUACCGCCAACAAAUCGACUAUUCUAGACCACCACCAUGACCUGUCAGACUCGUCGUCCAAUGAGUCGUCCUCGUCUAUGUCAUUCUCAUCCAACUCUUCGAUUCUUGGUAUGAAUCCACCCAUGACACCGAUACACUCUACCAAGUCGCCGUCGUCUUCAUCUUUGAUCACUCCAACGGCCGACCGUUCCAACGUCAAUGUUGGCGGUUCGGCAACCUUUAUUGCCGCCAUUCAAGAGAUCCAGAGCACAUCGGCGCUUGCCGAGAAAUACAAAAAGGCACAAGAUGCCAAACCCAAUCUCAACAAAUGGUUUAUGGAACAGCGUGAACGCGCCAUUGAAGUAUUCACCACGCAACUCAACGUCUACACAGAGCAACGUACGUCGACCAACAACACACGUGCCAAGCUCUUUGAGAAUGUAUUAGCUGUCCUAAUCAAGGAAAAGGAAAGUGAUUUGACAAGUAAAAAUCUUCAAUCGAUGCUUUCAAAUUCUGGUUCAUCUAUUCCAAUUGUACAACAACAACAAACAACGACGACAACGACUACUACUACCAAUUCAACGCCAACUUCAUCAUCUACCAAUUCAUCUACCAAUAAUUCAUCCAAUAAUCUAACAGGUAUAUUACACCAACAAGUUUCUGCAUCGUCACCACCGAUCUUGUCCACAUCCCAUCCCGGCCUUUCAUCACCAACUGUAUUAUCCACACCCACACCCAUCACUACAUCACCAUCACUUAGCUCACCAACUCUACUCGAUGAAUCAAGUAGAUUAACAGGUGCCGAUAAAAGAAGAAGAUCAAGUACCAGACCCGAACCAAAUCCAAAGUCCUAA